AUGAUACUAAAUUCAAUAACUGGUUUCGAAAAUUGGAAGGUACUUACUCUUAUACAAUUUAUUGAUGAUCCAAGUUCUUAUCCUUCCGACAUGCUUUUAGAAUGGCUAUUAUGUGUGAAUAGUGGUACACACAUUAUUAUUAUUAUGCAUGGAAAAAUUCGCUUGAAAAAAUGGUUUCAUUGGUUUUCUGAUAAGGAGAAAGCGAGCCUAACAACAGAUUUAACUACACUGAUAUUAUCCCGUAAACGAGCAAUGUGUAACGUAUUGGAGCACGGAGAACAUAAGGUUAUAUACAAAAGAUAUGCAAGUCUUUAUUUUGCAGCAGGCAUAGAUAGUGAAGAAAAUGAAUUAUAUGUUUUAGAAGUGAUACAUCGUUACGUACAAUUGCUUGAUGAAUUUUUUGGAAAUGUAUGCGAAUUAGAUAUUAUUUAUAACUUUGAUAAGGCGUACUAUGUGUUAGAUGAAUUGGUUUUAGCUGGUGAAUUACAAGAACCUGGCAAAAAAUCGGUUAUCAAGCACAUAAACGCAUUUGAAAACGCAUGUCAAUUGGAUAUAAUAACAAGAAAUGUCGAAGGUUCUAUAGGAUAA